AUGGGUUCAAUAGCUGCUGAAUCGAUGCCGAUAAGAGCUCGUACUAUUGCCAUAGUAGGAGCAGGUCCCUCAGGGCUAGUCGCGGCAAAAUAUCUUCGAGCGGAAAAUGCCUUUCGUAAGAUCGUACUCUUGGAGCAACGAAGCAGGCAAGGCGGGAUAUGGAACUACACUGGUAACCUGAGAGGUGAAGACCUUUUUACGGUACCUCAGACCAGUCCACGAGGACGAAAUCAAGAUCCUACUUGGCUUGAACCUUACAAACCUCGGACUGGAGAACCAAGUGUCGUGCAGAAAGAACCGACCUUCCUGUCACCUAUCUACGACAGAUUGGAGACUAACAUUCCGCGCGGCUUGAUGGGCUUUAAAGACUUGGACUGGCCACAGGAUAGUCAGCUCUUCCCAAAACACGAGACAGUACUCCAGUAUGUUCGAGAUUACGGGAAGGAUGUACAGGACCUCGUACGUUACGACACGCAAGUACUCAACGUUGAAGCGGUAGAUGAACAGGCCAAUGCACGUUGGAAAGUGCAAACACGAGACCUGCGCUCUAACGCCCAGCAAGAAGAAGAAUAUGACGCCGUCAUCGUAGCCAACGGCCACUUUAUCGUCCCUUACCUUCCGGAUAUACCAGGCAUCAAAGAGUGGAACAGGAGGUAUCCAGGAAUAAUAUCGCACGCAAAAUACUACCGCAAUCCCGAAGAGUUCAAAGACAAGAAAGUCAUAGUCGUUGGCAACUCAGCCUCCGGCAACGACAUCUCCACUCAAAUCGCCCAAUAUUCUUCACAUCCGCUCCUCUGGUCCAGCAAAUCCGCCUCGAUGUUCAAAGUCGGGACCUCACCUGUCAAACAAGAAUUUCCACCCAUCUCCAAGUUUCAGAUCUCCAACCGCGGCGUAGAAUUCGAAGACGGCACAAUUGAGAGAGACGUCGACGCCAUCGUCUUCGCAACAGGUUACUUCUACUCGCUCCCCUUCCUUGAAAAUGUCGAACCCAGAAUGAUAGAAAAUGGAAGUCACGUCCAACAUACAUACCAACACCUUUUCUACACGCCCCACCCGACGCUUUCCUUCCUCGCACUCCCCCAGCGCGUAAUUCCCUUUCCCCUCGCAGAAGCGCAAGCCGCCGUCCUCGCACGCGUAUACUCUGGCCGUCUCUCCCUGCCUGCGCCAUCAAUCAUGGAAUCCUGGGAACAAACCACGAUAGAGGAGAUGGGCGAUGGACGCAACUUCCAUCUCCUCCCGUUCCCAAAAGACGGCAACUAUAUCAACGAGAUGUCGCACUGGGCGCUGAGCGCUGAACCGAGAGAAGGAUUGGAGAACGAUGGCAACGGGAAGCUGCCGCCGGUUUGGGGCGCGUGGGACUUCUGGUGUAGAGAGCACUUUCCAAAGAUAAGGGCUGCGUUUGGGGCGCUAGGGGAGAAGAGGUUUGGGGUGAGGACGCUAGAGGAGGUGGGGUUCAGUUACGAGGAGCACUUGAGGAGGCAGGAAGAGGAAGAGAAGAAGUUAAUAUAG